AUAGCAUCUGGUCGCCAAUUUCCACCCUCCACAGCACAGACGUACAUGAAUUUUGCGUUAAAGGCUGUGCGUGGCUGGCCUCGCCAGCGACUCUUCGCGCCACGCCAUCUUCGCUUCUACGCCCAAUCAACAUCGCCAAAAGACCUGGAACGUCGAAUUGAAGCUAUACCAAUCGAGAGAUACCGCAACUUCUGCAUUAUUGCACAUGUUGAUCAUGGGAAGAGCUCUCUAGCAGACAGAUUACUCGAAAACACACACACCAUUUCGAUUAGCGAUAGUAAUAAGCAAAUAUUGGACAAACUUGACGUUGAACGAGAGCGUGGAAUUACUGUUAAAGCGCAAACAUGUACGAUGCUAUAUAAAUAUAAGGGAUUGGAUUACCUCUUCCAUCUGGUGGACACGCCUGGUCACGUCGAUUUUCGAGCCGAAGUUACGAGAUCCUACGCCAGCUGUGGCGGCGCUCUACUGCUGGUCGAUGCAAGCCAAGGUAUUCAAGCGCAAACAGUAUCAUACUUCCAUCUUGCAUUUGCGCAAGACUUGGCACUCAUUCCAGUGGUCAACAAAAUCGAUAUGCCGUCAGCAGAUAUUCCUUCGGUGCUCGAACAGAUCGAGACAAACUUCGAGCUCGAUACCGAAAAAGCCCUGCUUGUAAGCGCAAAGACGGGGAAGGGGAUUGAAAAUAUUCUACCAGCAGUAAUAGAAACAGUUCCUGCCCCUGUCGGAGACGCUUCGAAACCGCUCAAGAUGCUGCUUGUGGAUUCUUGGUACGACAACUUCAAGGGUGUUGUCUUGCUGGUUCGUCUGUUUGAUGGCACCAUAAAGGCUGGAGACGAGGUCCGUUCUUUAGGUACCGGCAUGAAAUACACAGUGGGAGCAGUAGGUAUUCAGUAUCCUGAUGCGACACCACAACGAAUCUUAAGAGCAGGACAAGUCGGUUAUGUCUAUUUCAAUCCCGGUAUGAAGCGCAUUCAGGAUGCAAAACUUGGUGAUACAUUUACUUUCUCAAAUGAGGAGAAUGUGGUACCGUGUCCUGGCUUUGAAGAGCCGAAACCUAUGGUUUUUGUUGCUGCUUUUCCAACAGACCAGGGUGACUACGGCCGUUUAGCUGAUAGUAUAAACCAGCUGGUGCUUAACGACCGUAGUGUCACGCUUCAGAAAGACUUUUCCGAGGCUCUUGGCGCUGGCUGGCGAUUGGGUUUUCUUGGAAGCUUGCAUUGCUCGGUAUUCCAGGACCGCCUUAAACAGGAGCAUGGCAAGAGCAUCUUACUCACAGAGCCAACUGUACCUACAAAGAUAAUACGAGCUGAUGGAACGGAGGAGAUCAUCAAGAAUCCGGCAUUAUUCCCCGAAGCCACGGAUGCCAAACUGAGAGGUGCUCAGCUGCUAGAGCCUUUUGUGAAGGCUACUAUUACAAUGCCUGAGGAAUACUUGGGCCGAGUGCUCGAAGUUUGUGAAGCAAAUAGAGGAGAACAACAAAGCCUGGAGUUUUUUCAUUCAAAUCAAGUCAUUCUGAUAUACCAUAUACCAGCAGCUCAGCUUGUUGACGACUUGUUUGGGAAACUCAAAGGUGCUAGCAAAGGCUAUGCCACUCUUGAUUACGAGGAUGCAGGAUGGCGGGAGAGCAAACUUAUAAAACUACAGCUGCUCGUAAACAAACAGCCCGUGGAUGCAAUCUGCAAAGUAGUCCAUGCGUCUCAAGUAGACAGACUUGGAAAGCAAUGGGUCACAAAAUUUAAGGAGCAUGUCGACAGACAAAUGUUUGAGGUAAUCAUACAGGCAACAGCUGGUAACCGCAUCGUCGCCAGAGAAACCAUCAAGCCGUUUCGUAAAGACGUACUCGCCAAACUCCACGCCAGCGAUAUCACCAGACGUAAGAAACUGCUUGAGAAGCAGAAAGCAGGCAGGAAACGACUUCGCGCUGUUGGAAAUGUAAUUAUAGAUCAAGCAGCCUUCCAAAAUUUCCUUUCGCGAUAGCUGAAAAAUCCAGCGUGUAUUCUUUUUUUGUAUUUUAAUCACCUGUAUAAUUGGCAAAAUAAAUAAUAGUACCUUGGCGGUGAAUGCAUGUCUAU